AUGUGCGUGGGCCUGGGCCGCGCCUGCACCCACAUGCCUGGGCCUAGGCAGUGCUUGCGCGCUGGGUCGGGCUCUGCAUGCUUGGGCCGCGCACUGCCGCGCUCGGCCUGCUGCCAGCCAUCGUCGGUCCUCCAUCAUUUCGGAUUUUAUGCCGGUGAUCUGGAAUUGAUACCCUCUUCAUGUUUUGCCGACGAGAACCGGCCCGGGAUGGCGUCAGCGGCGGAGGCAAAACCAUACUUGGGCACUCCUUUGCCGUUCGGGAUCCAGAGCAAGGCCGUUGGAACCAAGAAGAAACGGGUUGUAAGGCUAUUUGGCGAAAAUGAUGUCGAAGAGCAGCAGCUGCAGAAGACUGUGGAGUGGGCGAAGCUCGUGGACGGGAAGCUUCAAUCAAGGAAGCCGAGGCCUGACACUCCUAUGGUAUGUACUGGUGAUCGGGGUAGUGUUGGUGCUAAUUGCACCCCAAAGCAGUCAUCUUUGACCCGAAACCUUCUGAGAUCGAUGAAUUUUGGGGCGGCUUCUUUAAAACGAAUUGUGACUCAGGGGAGCAAAGCUGAGCUUGCCACCCCUGCUCGUGCGAGCCCUUUCCCUUUAGAGGACGAUAGCAGCAGUUUCUCCAUCGAAACAUGAUCCAAGAGUUCUUCAACUGAUCCUUCUGAAGCGGAACUAUGCGGUGCAAGUGGUCAGGGUGAGUUCUGCGAGAGCCCUCGGCUCCUUAGUCUGAAGAAUUCAAGAAUCCAGGUUGAGUUGGAUCACCUGCUAAACAUGCCGGUGAGGCAGUUCUCAGAGGAUGGGGGCUUGGGGGGGCAUGACCUUGUCAAGGAUUCUUCUCAAAGGGUGCCAUCCUCUCCCUUCCACCACUCGCUGAGUUUGGCUGUGUCAAAUUGUCGACAGCUGCCCUUCAAUCCAACCAACUCUGUUUGUAGACAUCUUGUUCCACUGAAAUCUCAAGUUGGCACAGCAACAUCAGUGGCACUCGGUCUGCCUCCCUAACCACCGAGCACUAAGUUUGUACUGGACUUGAAGAAGGGUAAGAAGGCAUUGAACAAUCGGGAAGACAUUCAUUCGCUCCACCUACUGCAUCACUGUAAUCUUCAGUGGAGAUUCAUCAAUGCAAAAGCACAGGCAGCAGUUAAUGCUCAGACAGUUGUAGCAGAGAAAUCACUUCAUAGCCAUGAAGCUAAGUUAUCAGAACUGCAAGAUUCUGUUGCGAUGCAGAGGAUUGAGCUUGAAAAGCUUAAAAGAACAAGAAAUUUGCAAGCCAUUGUUGAAGAUCAAAUGCCAUAUUUGGAUCGAUGGACUGGUCUUGAAGGAGAUCAUUCAAGUCCUCUUUCAGGGGCAACAAAGGUUCUGGAGGAUGCUUCACUUCGACUUCCAGUCAAUGGGGAUGUGAGGGCAGAUAUCAGUGAGCUUGAUGAAGUUCUGAAAUCUGCAUUGGAUAUACUUGAGGAAUCAUCUUCUUGUGUCCAGAGGUUUCUACCACAGGUGGAAGGGGUAGAAGAUGUAAUCUCAGACAUGGCAAUGGUAGUUAGCAGGGAAAGAGCAUUGUUUGAAGAGUGCAGAUAUCUCAUAUCCAUGGUACAUGAGUCGCAGGUGAAGGAGUGCAGCUUAAGAAGCCAACUAAUUCAGCAGAAGCAAAACUGUGUAAAAUGAAGCGAUACAAGUGUCGAUGCUUGAUGGUACUGCAGGAAACUGUUUCUACACAGCUACAUUUCUUCCAAGUCUAUUCAAUGUGCACAGCAUACACCAUAGUAAGAAGGCAAUUUUUUUCUUCCAAGUCUCAUCCAAAUAAAGAGAAGCCAAAAGCAGGAAGGCUUUCCUGUAUAGAGUUGGUACAUUCUUUCGAUUGUUAAAGGGCCUGGUGAGUUCAAUAAUGGAUAAGAUUUGGGCAAAACAGGUUCUUGUCUGAACCUUAUUCCUUCCAUUAUCUGGCAAAAGAUAUUUUCUAUUAUCACAAUACAUGGCAAGAUCUCUAAAGCAAGAACUGAUGAGUCCAAAAUGGAAUGGAUGGGGGUUAAAAUUUCAUUUGUUAACGAUAUUCUUGUCAAGGCUUUCCCAAUGCUUGUCCAAAUAGCAGUUUGAGUUUCAGUUCUUUAUUAUGCUUGCACUGUUGCUUGAAUGCAAAGGUAAUGUGCAAACUAGAAUAUCUCCAACUAGCAGAGAAGAGGCUACCAAAAAUGAAAGAAAUCAAGUACUAUCAGUUUAUUCUCUGACCUUUCUCAGUUGUUAGAAAUUUUGAUGUUGAUUUCAAUACUGAAUGUAGAUGGCAUUUUCAUUUUUCUCCGACCUUUCUCUAGAUACCAAGUUUAUUCUUUUCUUUGUUUUGAUGAGAAAUUGUAUCUCUAAAGGGUGAUAGGUGGACUUUUGAAAUUCUUAGGUUGAAGGCUGUAUUGCAAUGUGCAAAUCCACUGGAGGCAGAGUGUGGCAGGUUUGAGAUGCUAUUGCUCCCAGCUUGGUUUUCUGAAACUUACUUGAAACCCAAACAAGUUACUUCCUUGUCUCAUGAGACUCUAGCCCAGGCCUUGACCGUCCCAACUCAUGAACUAAGCUAACAGAGUAUGGGCUGGCUUAAUUUCCUGCUUUGGUGAUUUGAUGACAGAGCAUUGGUACAUGAAACAGAAAACAGGCUA